CAAAUUUCUCAGCCUGAUGCGGCCGCAUACUAAAAAAGAAAAGAGGGAUCCCCUGUGUCGGGGCUACAAUUCAAGCCUUUUUCCACCUCUUCUAACUCAUGCAUCACGAAGCAAUGUGGUGAACGAAACACUCUCCUCAGCUGAUGCCUCCACGCUUCAAACUGCUGACGAAACGCUGGCCACCGUUCGAUCUGUCCAUCCUUCCAUUCCUCGCGCCUCGAGUUUUUCAACCAUGGCCGUGCAAAGGGCGUCCAGUCCAUUCGGCAACGGCACAGGCAGUUCGACAGAAGUCCGAAGCUGUGAAGGACGCUUAUGAAGCCUUGCCGCUGGAGAAUAGUGGAGGAAAAAGCCAUUUUGUGGGUUCAACAUCGCGCAUCCAGGGGAAGAAACGGGAGGUUCACAAACUGCCUCGAGAGUUCGAUCGUUCUAUGAGCAAUGAUACAAAUGACGAAUACAACUGGCGCCAAGGACUGGAGAAACCUCCAGGAGGAAACACUGAUGGUCAUUACUCUGGCGUAGAGGCUUCUGGGAUAUCUGAAGAGGAGUCGCGCAGAGAGUAUGAGGCAAUCUGGUACUCUCGAAGCAAGAAACUUCACGAAGCGCUAAGGGAUGUUGAUGGCCUCCCCCCUGGCCCAGAAUCCUCUGGGAGCUCUGAAGAGGAGGACUUCCGCAGAAAAUAUAGGGAAAUUUGGGGUCCCCGACCUAAGAUAAAACCUCCAAUGGCAUCAAUAAGGAGAGUGCCUUUCUUACCCGGGGACGAGAAAGACCCCGAAGAGGCAAGGCCUAUGAGACGCGAAGCACUCAAAAUUCGUUACCAUCUGCUCAGUCGCAGCGCGAUGAGGAGACCUCAACAACGGGUCGGUCUAAAGAGGGAUCGAGCCCGUCAACUCGAAGCGGACAGAAAGAAAUCUUUGGAAGCAUCAAGACGAAGGAGGCUCUGUCUCCAGUCGCAGGCUAGAGCAAAGCAGCAAAACAUACCGCCCAACAGGCCAAAAUGGGUUCGCCUUAGUCCGUAUACCGACUCUAGCCUCUAUACCCCGUUUAGGACUUGGCACCGGCGAUUUGCAGUUUUAAAUCUUCGCCAUGAGUUGUCCAUGAAAGGAAAGAGACUGCCAAGAUUCGUCUUCCAGCAAACUUCGAGAUUCCCUUUGACAUUCCUUAGAGAAUUAAUGGAUGAAGGAGAUAAUUCUCUGGAGCUACGUCUGAAAUGGGAAAAGUUUAGCCCACAACGGAAAAUGGAGAUAUGGCCAGAGCUUAUGAUCAAGACGUUGCAAACCAAAACCGGCAAAACUUUGAAAAUCAUAGCCGGAACAUAUGCUCAGGAGCCGUUUCCUCCUCCGUAUGCGCUCUCAGACUGUCUGAACUAUGUUAUCUCUUUUUUCCUCGGUGGACGACCUGGACCUCGCGCACCAAAUCUCAUUCGCAGAAUACACAAUUCAGUCUUCGGUCUGCUGCAGAUCGGGCCGAAGGACUAUCUUCACAUCUCUCAACAUUCAACGUUUCUCCUAUUAUCCCACGCAGAUCCAUUUCUGUUGAAGAAGCUGUACAAGAUAAUGACAGACAUCCGCCACCCGCUACACCAAAAUACUUUGAUGAACUUUGCGUACCGCUUUGCAAAGGUCGGUGAGACAGAUACUGUCUUGGAGAUUCUGCAGAAGUUGAAGCUCUACGGUUCUGACUUCAACAGCCCGAAAAUGCUUAGUUUGUGCUCGAAAAUACUUGAUCGGUCCGUCAGAGGUCCAGACACGGCCUACUCCGAUUCGGAUAUAUUUGAGCGCAUGCUUGGGUGGGGAAUGCAGCCAAAUAUUAUCACAUAUAACGUCCUUAUCAAAAAUUCGGUGGAUAUCGGUAACCACAGCACUGCGUGGCAGAUUCACGACAUGAUGAUAGAGAGUGGAAUCGAGCCAGAUACUUACACGUAUUCGAUUCUACUGAACGAUUCAAAACACAGAAUGGACUCCGAGGCUAUUGAAGCAGUUAUGGAAAUCGUUCGGGGCAAGGGGUUAAUGAGUGCUCACAUUGUCACUGAUGUUCUAGAUGCAAUUUUCCUUCUCUACCGGCAAAAGGCCAAGGAGCAUGACCAGCCUUCUGAACCUCAUGCUGCUUUUUAUCACAUGUUGAAGGUUUAUAUGGAAACUUUUCGAAUUCAGCCAUUAGCACGAAUUAUUCCCUGGAUCUCAGAUAUAUUACCAAACGCCCAACGCCUAGAGACUUCACCGAUACCCCAAGAUGAACUCGAGCAGCCGCCCAUGCCGACACAAGCUUUGAUGAUAAGUGCAUUUCUCUACGGCUUGCGGGAUGCGUGGGCUGUCAAGCAAUUUUAUAACCAUUUCCGCCUUCUUAUGUCGACCAGUGAUCCGGUUAUUGCAGAUUUUCUCGAAACGACCCAUAUUUGGAACUCGGUCCUCCUGGCACUGGGUAAAUUUCCGGACACGCUUGGUGAUUGCACAGCCAUUGUUGGAGAUAUGCUUGCACCAUCCACUGUAGGCGAAGAUCCUUUGGCCAGCCAGAUCGAACCCGAAUCGUCUCUGAUAGGUGGGACGUUCGAGGCGCAAUCGAAGGUUGAGGGUUCUGAAAACGACGUCGAAAUCUCGAAAUCCCAACGUCUCGUUGACUCUAACCCAACUCAAGAUUCUCUCCCUCAGCUAUCCGAAACUCUAGAGGAAAAGCCAAGAAGACCACACAUUCCGCCAAAGCCUGACGUACGCACGUGGUCCAUCCUCCUCAAGAUUUUCAUGAACCAGCACCAAACCCGCGCCGCAGCGAAAGUUUUCACAAUGAUGCAAGAAAAGGGCAUCAUUGAGCCGAACUUUGUAACCUGGACGAGUCUCGUAAACGGAUACGCUCGUGUACAGGACACGAAAAAUACUGCCGAUGUCAUCUCUCGCAUGGAACGCGCUGGUCUAGAAGUAGAUCUGCGGCCGUUGACGCUCAUGUUCAAGAUUAGUAAACGAAGAGAGCUUCUUGAGGCGAUGAGGAGGCGGCGGAAUAUGGAAUUAAAUCCGGGAGCAGAGUUCCUGGAUCUGCUGCAGAAUGAUAUGCGGAAUCCGCGGGAUGAGGAGCAGUCUCAUGAGACAAACAUCGCAGCAGAUGGAGAGGACUUUAUCUUUCGGGAUCUGGAGGCCGAUGCAGAGGACAGUAUCAUUAACGACUCUGAUAUCAGGACGAAGCAGAUGGCAAUGUAGAGACGAGAUGAGAACAAGGACUGGAGACUCUUGAAAAGGGAUGGCCGCUUCCAUCUCCACACGAGGUGUAUACGCAACUCAUUGCAGGCUUUUUAUUGUAUCAUGUGUUUGAUUGGCAUAGAUGACUUGUGUUUUAUAUGUACAAUACCUAUGAUACCCCUUGGCAGUCACUUAGAAGAAACUCAAUCCUGCUCUCCUACAUUUCGGUGCGGUUAUUACCUCGGAUAAUGCCGAACCUUUAAACUGGUCUGAGAAUAGCCGCAAAUAUUGCCAUGGCAAGGUCCUUGAUUAAA